GAGGUGCGGGUGGGAGUCCCGCAGAAGGAGCUUUUCAAUCCCAACAUGAAUUCCACCCGCAGUUUCUGACAAAACACGAGCGAUAUAAGCGGACAUCACGGCGCCUCGCGCAAGCGGAUACUUUCUGAACUCUUUGCCAUCAGCGUCUGCUUGUUUUCCACGGAUGCCCUUAACGUCUUCCUCGUGACUUCAACAUCGCCGCGGAACGGGAUGAGGCGGUAAAUGUCGCGUUUCGCAUCUUUUCGCUCCGGUUGAAGCUGCAGGAGUAUGUGAUCAUGUUGGCGACGCGCUGCCUCCUCCUGUGGGCUGCGGUCACCGCGCGACUCGCCGUGACAGCCUGGGGCAGCAGCAUCAAGCGGGACGGAGCGGAACGGGGACGCGAACAGAGCGCGUAUGCAGAAGAGCUCACGCAGCCUCAGCGACUGCUGCAGCGGACUGACGCCGAGGAGGAGCUGCCGCACGGGCACUUGGGUACUCUAGUAAAGAAUGAUGCUGAUGGAGCGCAUCCCAUUCAUUUGGCUCAGAUCUCGUUCCUGGUGACUGCAUUUGGAAUCCCAUUUGUUCUAGACCUGGAGCUCAAUCACGAUCUCUUGUCAUCUAACUAUGUUGAACGGCACUUCGGUGAGGAUGGGCGACCUUUUCAAAGUCUGGGAGGUGAGCACUGCUACUAUCACGGUCACGUGAGAGGAGUUCAGAGGUCAUGGGCAGCUCUCUCCACCUGUCAUGGCCUACAAGGGAUGUUCUCAGAUGGCAACUUUUCAUAUGGCAUUGAGCCCUUGCACAACAGCAGUGAUCGGGAUGCAAAUACUCAUGUUGUAUACAGAAUGGCAGAUAUCCGGCUGAGGCCAGUUUCCUCAGGAAUCACCAGGAACAGCAGUGACUCUGUCAUUAACAAUGAUUAUCAUGUUUCUAUGGAGACGAACGAGCCGGAGCUCACAGAUGGGUUGAGACGGGCGAAGAGACAGGUUCGGAGGGGUCCGCGCACAGUUCAGAGUGAAACAAAGUACGUAGAGUUGCUAGUGGUCAAUGAUUACGAACUGUUUGUACAGAUGCGAAGAUCGGCCCCUCAGACGAGGAACUUUGCCAAAGCUGUAGUGAACAUGGCUGAUGCAAUUUACAAGGAGCAGCUGAACACUAGAAUAGUGCUCGUUGCCAUGGAGACAUGGUCAACUCAGAACAUGGUUUCUGUCGGCGACGAUCCUUUGGUGACCCUGCGUGACUUUAUGAAAUACAGGAAGGAGAAUAUCAAAGAGAAGAGUGAUGCAGCUCACCUGCUUUCGGGACGCACAUUUCAGAGCAGAAGCAGUGGCACUGCCUACAUCGAGGGCAUCUGCACACCAACACGAGGAGGAGGAGUGAAUGAGUAUGGAAACGUGGGACCCAUGGCUAUAACCUUGUGUCAGACUUUAGGACAGAACCUUGGAAUGAUGUGGAAUAAAGAUCGUGCUACUGCAGGAGAUUGUAAGUGUCCAGAUCCGUGGUUAGGCUGCAUCAUGGAGGAUACCGGAUACUAUCUACCCAGAAAGUUUUCACGGUGCAGUGUAGAGGAGUACAUUCAGUUCCUCCAGAAAGGAGGAGGGAGUUGCCUCUUCAAUAAACCUAACAAGUUGUUGGAUCCUCCUGAAUGUGGCAAUGGUUUUGUGGAACAGGGAGAAGAAUGUGACUGUGGCUCCCAAUUGGAUUGCUCUCGUGCCGGGGGUGCAUGCUGUAAAAAAUGCACCUUGACCCAUGAUGCAAUGUGUAGCAACGGACUCUGUUGUAGCCGUUGCAAGUAUGAGCAGAGAGGAGUCGUCUGCAGGGAUGCAGUGAACGGCUGUGAUGUGCCGGAGACAUGCACUGGAGAUUCGAGUAAAUGUCCACAUAAUGUCCACAAACUGGAUGGUUACAUGUGCAAUUCUGGACUGGGGCGCUGCUAUGGGGGCCGCUGUAAGACCAGGGAUGCCCAGUGUCAGGCGCUCUGGGGCCAUAAUGCAGCAGAUCGCAUGUGUUAUGAGAAGCUGAACAUUGAGGGUACGGAGCGUGGCAGCUGUGGUCAGGACAGCUCACACAGCUGGAUUCAGUGCAAUAAACAGGAUGUGUUGUGUGGAUUUUUAUUAUGCACUAAUAUCACGGCGAAGCCACGGUUUGGAGACUUAAAUGGAGAAACCACUAGUCUCACCAUCUAUCAUCAGAACAAGUACCUGGACUGUCGUGGGGGUCAUGCAGUGUUGGAAGAUGGCACUGAUCUCGGGUACGUGGAGGACGGGACACCGUGUGGCCCUAAUAUGAUGUGCCUGGACCAUCGCUGUCUGCCAGUCACCACCUUCAACCUGUCCUCCUGUCCCGGGUCGUCCUCCUCUCACGUCUGCUCUGAUCACGGGACAUGCAGUAAUGAGGUGAAGUGUAUCUGUGACGCAGACUACACUGGGAAGGACUGCAGUGUGUAUGACCCCAUUCCAGACCCCCAGCCUGCAGAUGGUCCUGAGAAGAAUAAAGGUCCAAGUGGUACAAACAUUAUCAUUGGCUCCAUAGCGGGAGCGAUACUGCUGGCAGCUAUAGUACUGGGAGGAACAGGCUGGGGCUUCAAAAAUAUCAGAAGAGGAAGAUCUGGAGGGGGAUAAAGCAUGUCAUCUGCUCUCCUGUGCUUCUGCACUGUGCUCUUUAAACUUUGAGGGAAACAGAAGAAUCUACAGAUGUCUUCCACUUUCUCACCAAACUCCAGUUUCACCCUGUUCUGUCUUUCUGACUUCCUGUUACUGCCUGUCACCUGUUGCCUAGAAGUACAUCUCAUGGUAACAUUUUUAAACUGAUUUAGAUUUUACUGAUGUUGGCUAUUUGUAAUGGGGUUUUCCCUUUAAACCCAGCACAGAAACUGAAAAAAGUCAUCAUUUAAUCAACCUCAUGUUAUUUUGAACCCGUUUGACUUUCUUUAUUUCAUGGGGCAUAAGAAGAUAUGUCGAGCAGAAAGUUCACAUUGUUGAGCUCUGAAAAAAACUCUGAAGAUUGUGUGCUAAAUGCAGAUACCUCUCUGCAUAUUCAGUUAUGGCACCUUGACAUGUUUCGCUUUUAGAUAAACCAAGUCAGAAUUUUCAGUUCCUUUUUUAGUAUUAAUUUUAAUUUACUAAUUGUGGUCCUAAUCAGAGAGCUAACAAAUUAAUCCAUAUUUGUUUUGAUGCUUAAGUAUAAUACUUUUAGCACUGAGAAGCCUAGACUUUUUAAGUACCCUCUGUUUCAUGCAGAUAGACAGAUAGUCUUGUCUUCCCCAAACCGUUUGGAUGAAAUAUUUCUGGAUGUCCCGGUGGAAAUCCCAUAACAAUGUAUUGCCUUGCAGGGGAAUGUCUGCUAACAUUCCACGUUUACCUUCAUUCUAGUCUAAUAUCUAUAAUCAUGCUGCUUUUACUGUCAUCUGUAAUAGUUAAAAAAACAUGCAUAAUCCUAUGAAUGUACUUUUACAUAACAAAAAAUAAGGCAUUGCUCGUUUGUCUAAUGUAGUUAUACUUUUCAUUGCUGAGUGAAGCAAAGCAAGGUAAUUUUAGUAAAAAAAAAAAAUUAUUAUGUAACAUUUGUAAAUCUUAAGCAUAAAUGGAACACCAUUUGAAUGCACUGAGCUGAGGAUAUAUA